UUUAGUAAAAAACGAUUAAUAUCGAUAAGCUACUUUACAACGAAAUUGAGUCCUCUGUUUACUAGUCCGCCGCAGCCGGUAUCUACAAUGCAGUCCGCCGCAGCCGAGACCAUGAACCCUGCUGCUGUCCAGAGUGCGGCUGCCGAGAAGCACGGUAGGUCCCGGAAGAAGAAGAAGAUGAAUAAUGUUAACACUUCUUCUUCUCCUUCUUCGGGGAAGAAAAGAAAAGGUGAUGAUGAUGAUUUGAGAAUGGAAAAACCUAAUAAGAAAUCAAAAGGAAAGGUUCAGUUGAGUAAUGAUAAUGAAGUGAUAGCAGCAGCAGGAGAAAAUUUGACGGUUGCUGGUGGUGGUGAUGUUGGUUCUGGAAAGGUUGCUGUAACUGCUUCUUUUUUAAGUGAUUCAAGAUUCGACGAGUGUUCAGUCUCCCCACUGUCAUUAAAAGGAGUCAAGGAUGCGGGAUAUGAGAAAAUGACUAUUGUGCAGGAGGCAACACUUCCAGUAAUUCUAGAAGGUAAGGAUGUCCUGGCCAAAGCUAAAACAGGCACGGGAAAAACAGUAGCCUUUUUGCUUCCAUCAAUUGAAGUUGUUGUGAAGUCUCCACCAAGUGAUCCUGGCCAAAGUCAAACACCAAUUCUUGUUCUUGUUGUAUGCCCAACUCGAGAGCUUGCACGCCAAGCUGCUGCAGAAGCCACUAAACUUCUCAAGUAUCAUCCUACUAUUGGUGCUCAAGUUGUGAUUGGAGGAACAAAGAUUGUUUCAGAACAGAAACGCAUCCAAAAAAAUCCUUGCCAGAUCCUUGUUGCUACCCCUGGAAGGCUUAAAGAUCAUAUUGCUAAAACUGCUGGUUUUGCAUCUAACCUUAUGGGGUUGAAGACCUUUGUGAUUGAUGAAGCUGAUCGGUUACUAGACAUGGGAUUUCGCAAAGAUAUUGAGGAAAUAAUCACUUCAGUCCCUAAACAACGACAAACACUUAUGUUUUCUGCAACCAUUCCGAAAGCGGUGCAUCAAGUCUGUAAUGUUGCUUUGAAAAAGGAUUAUGAAUUUAUUAAUACAGUUCAGGAGGGUACAGAGGAGACACAUUCACAGGUCCGCCAGAUGCAUUUAAUUGCCCCACUAGACAAACAUUUCUCUUUACUCUCUGUUAUUCUGAAGGAGCACAUUGCUGAUGAAGUUGACUAUAAGGUUCUUGUUUUCUGCACAACUGCUAUGGUCACAAGCCUUGUUGCUAGUCUCCUUGGGAAGUUGGAUUUGAAUGUGAGAGAAAUCUAUUCAAGAAAGAAACAGGGUUUUAGAAAUAGAGUUUCUGACGAAUUCCGGAAGUCAAAGAGGCUCAUACUGGUUACUUCAGAUGUAUCUGCACGUGGAGUUGAUUAUCCAGAUGUUUCUCUUGUUGUACAGCUUGGCAUUCCGGCUGAUAAAGAACUGUAUAUACAUCGACUAGGUAGAACGGGGCGAAUAGGAAAAGAAGGGAAGGGCAUACUGCUACUAGCUCCGUGGGAAGAGUUCUUUUUAGCUUCCACAAAAGAUUUACCUAUUGAGAAAGCUCCAGUACCUUCAGUUGAUCCCGACACUGAGAAAAAGGUGGAAAUGACUCUAUCCAAUGUGAAGAUGCGGUUUAAAAAACCUGCAUAUAAGUCAUUGCUUGGUUACUACAGUACUCACGAGAAAUGUGAGAAAUUUAAGAAGAAAUUUGGGGAGCUUGCAAACGAGUUGAGUCGAUGCAUGGGACUUGAUACUCCUCCAGCUGUUUCUAGGCUUUUGCUUAGCAAGUGGGGUCUUGAAAAUGUCCCUGGUUUAUGUUCCAAAUAGGUUAUUUGUCCAUUCCAUUCAAUUUUGACAACUCGGUUUUGUGGGAGAAAAAUAUUUAGUUAAAAAUGGUCCCUUAUGAUUUGAUUUUAAGACUUAAAACUUCUAAAUUUCACUUAUUGUAUUGCCAAUUUAGUGUCUUUUGUAGUUCUAGAUGAAUUAUCAUUUAACAACGAAAUGCAAAACGUCACUGUCAGAUGAAUUUGUAAUAUGAAUCACACUGUUGCAACUGUCCCAGCUUUGAAAAAAGGAAAUCUAUGAUAUAGUAUGACAUUCAA